AUUUUAAUUUUAUCUUCUCAACUCUACCCUUUUCUCACCAUAUAUAAAAUCAACUCCCAUUUCUAACUUCCACUCUCUCUCUCUCUUCAAAUGCCCGCUAAAAAUAAAACCACCCUCCUUCUCAUAUGGGCAAGGCUUCCAGGUGGUUUCGGGCCUUUCUGGGCUUAAAACAACCCGACCCGAGCCCUAAACAACCCAAAGACAAACGCAGGUGGAGCUUCGUCAAAUCCUACAGAGAGAAAUCAUCGUCAACUUCAAAUACUAACACCACACGUCAUCCUCCGCCUGCCACGUCGUCAUCCUACGUGGAAGGUGGAGAUGACGACGCUAAUAAACACGCUAUUGCUGUAGCUGCUGCCACCGCAGCUGUAGCCGAUGCCGCUGUUGCAGCCGCUCAAGCCGCGGCUGCUGUUGUCCGACUAACCAACACCACCAACAACAACAACAAUAACAACAAUAAUAAUAAUAACAAUAACAAUAAUUCUGUACAGCCGGCGCAGGUUAGCAGGAGGACGAGAAAUGGUGGGGAGAAAGAGAUAUGGUGUGCUACUGUCGUCAUUCAAUCCCACUUUCGCGGUUAUUUGGCUAGAAGAGCAUUGAGAGCACUGAAAGGACUAGUAAAGCUGCAGGCUCUUGUUAGGGGACACAUUAUGAGAAGAAAAACCGCAGAAACGAUGCGUUGCAUGCAAGCCAUGCUACGGGCUCAGGCUCGGGCCAGAUCGAUCCGCUCCUAUAUCCCUGAAACACCUUUUUCAAGUAGCAAAUCUUGUCCAAUAUUUCACCCUGGACCCCUAACACCUGAUAAAUUCGAGCAAGUUGUUCGCGCUAAAAGCAUAAAGCAAGAUCAUUUACCAAAGAUCAAGAGGAACAGUUCAAAAUCAAGUAGCCGGAUGAACACCAUGAGCCAGGAAAGACCAAACUUCGGCUCAUCUUGGUCAGACUCUCGAGUGGACGACCCAAUGUGGGACCCACGGGGAGCUACAUCCUCCACGAGAACAUGUCUGACAGAUGAUGAUCGAGCAGACAGAAUUCUCGAGAUAGACACAGGGAAACCUCAUUAUAGCUCUAGAAGGAGAAGCCUCUUCGAAACCUCCUACUCUGGCCUUUUAACUUCAGAUCAAGUAAGCCACAGCCUCACCACCUCAAAAGACUCCACAACUCACCAAACAGUUCAUAGCCCUGCAUCAUGUGAAGUAGUCCAAACCUUAAAGCCUCUGUUACUUCCACAAGAGAUAGUUGACGACAACAACUCAUAUUGCACGGCAGAAAACAGCCCACAGUAUUGCUCGGCUGCCUCUCAGGGCGGUAGCAGUUCAAGGAGAGGGUCGUUUACUCCUACUAAGAGUGAUGGUUGUAGAAGCUUCCUUAGUGGUUACUCUGACUGUCCUAGCUAUAUGGCUUACACCGAGUCUGCUAAGGCAAAAAUGAGAUCUCUUAGCGCUCCGAAGCAAAGGCCUCAGUAUGAGAGAACGAAUUCGACCAAGAGAUAUUCAGUUCAUGGGUUUGGCGAGCAUAACCCGAGAUCAAAUGCACAUAGGGUUUCCGCUAUGCAGGCUGGUUUCAGUAGCAAGGCUUACCCUGGAUCAGGCCGAUUGGAUAGGCUUGGAAUGCCUGUGAAGGAUAGUACAGUAGUUUACUACAGUGGGUAUCUGAAUUAGAGAAAGUUGUUUUGUUAAAAUCAUAAUUAGCCUAACUUAUGUAAUGCCUUAGGAUUUUUGUUCUUUUUUUUUUGUCUUCUUAUUGAUCAAAGUAUACUACUCAUAAGGCUAACUUAAUUAAGGAUCUUUCUCAAAGAAGCUAAUGCUUCUGUUUGUGCAUUGUUGAACAAAAAAUAUUAGAGCUAAAAUGUACUAAUGUUAUUCUUUUGGUUUGAAAAAACACAAGAUAUCUAAAUGUGAGACAAGUAGCAGAUUCUAUA